AUGGAUGGUAGUGGGUACUCAAAGGUGGAGGGCAAGGUUGAAUAUGAUUGGGAGCCUCUAAGGUGCUCCUCUUGUUGUGUGUUUGGUCAUGAUGACAGCUCGUGCCCGAAGAACCCUCAGGUAUCUUCUAGUGGAGAUGCUGAAAAGAAUAAUGAUGAAUUUCAGGUUGUAGGGGCCAAGAAGAAGAAAGUGAACAACCAAGGCAUCCAUAUGAAAAACCAGAAGCCUAAGGUAGUCUACAGGCCAGUCGUCAACCCUAAACCAAAAUCGUCCUCAAAGAGUCCGAUGCAGAAUCAGGUUUCAACGUCUAACCCGUUUGACAUUCUGCAGGAUGAUACUGGUAAUCAGGGAGGUAGCACUGUGGGUCGAGUGGAGAAGAAACCGUCGAAUGACAGGAGUGAUGGAAACGGUACGAUGGAGGGUGGAGGCACUCCAGGGACGGAAGACAAAACACCUCCAAUUCGUGGUAUAGGUUUGCGGGUGACGAACAUUGAGGGUAACAAUAUGUUCCCUAGGCGUGGUAUUUACUCUACCAACAAUCAUUCGGUUCUUGAUGGGUUGUUGGAGAUCUCUAAACCGGUCGAAUUGAAUACUGCAUGUGGAGGGAUUAACGUGGCGGCGAUGAAUGCAUCCCAUGCAAACCCUAGUGGAGUAUCGAACUUAAACCCUAGUGGAGUAUUCGGGUCUACCACGGCAGAUAUGGAUGUCUUGGGUGAUCAACUUGGUGUGCAAGGAAGUCAGAAUGUUCGUAGGGAUCCAGGUAAGACUCCGGUAUCGUAUGCGGAUUCCAUUGGGGCGUCUAGUGCUAGAAAGGUUAAUUUCCGAACGCUUGCAAGUCUGGUAGAGCAGGAGGGCUGUGAUGUAGUUUUGCCGAAAGAAUCUGUUAGGGUUGUCAAAGAUAAGCUUGCUAAUACGUUAUAUGGAUACUUUCUUGGUGAUCGUGUUGCUUACCCGGUAGUUGAGUAUUUCGUGAGGAACAACUGGAAGAAAUUUGGCCUCCAAAAGUCUAUGAUGAAUGCCAGUGGUUUCUUCUUCUUUAAAUUUGCAAAUGAGAAUGGUAUGAUGAAUGCAAUGAAAGGAGGUCCUUGGAUCAUUCGUUCACAACCGCUUUUUCUUAAUGUAUGGUCUCCAUCCUCGAAACUGGAAAAGAAGGAAGUGAAGUCGGUGCAACUUUGGGUUAAAAUUCACGAGGUUCCUCUUGCGGCUUAUACAGAGGAUGGUUUAAGCAUGAUUGCAACAGCCAUUGGUAAACCAAUAGCGUUAGAUUCUUAUACUACCUCAAUGUGUUUAGAUUCGUGGGGUCGGAGCAGCUUUGCGAGAGCUCUAGUUGAAAUCUCGGCAGAUAAUGAAUGCAAGGAGGAGAUUGUGAUUGCUGUUCCAGAUUUGGAAGGGGAUGGGUUUGUUAAGGAAAAGAUGUACGUGGAAUAUGAAUGGUGCCCACACCGAUGCUCUCUUUGCAAGGUCUUUGGACAUAACGAUGGGGAUUGUCCGAAGCAAGUCACGCAGGUUACGAAGGCUCCGGCCAAUAUUCCAAAAGCUCAAAAAGCUCCUAAUUCUAAAGGGAAUUCGAAAAAACCAGUGGUAGACAAAGAUGGAUUCAGGGAUGUGGAAGCUAGGAAAGCGGCAAAGAGGACCGGGUUUCCGGUUAACAAACAAAAACAGAGAUUCGAGUACCGUCCGGUUGGGUUAAAAACCAGUGGAGAGCCUAAUAAAUCAGCCCCAUCUUCGAGUUUCUUCUCAAGAAACCCUUUUGAUGUGUUAAAUGAUCCGAGUAAUGACCAUGAAGCUGGUGGAAGCGGACAAGGGGAUACGAAAGAUGAUUUGGAUGAUGAUGAGGUCCAGGAAAUAUACAACGAGACGGAUGAGUUUCUGGUUAACGACGCGAGUAAACCUGUAACUAAACAAGGGGCAAGCACUCCUUUUUCACCGGUUAAUAAUGAGUCGCAUGUUGAUGUUAGUAGACUGAGUCAAGUGUGCCGUUCUGUUUUUCGCUCAUGGGAUUGGACAUCUAAUGGAGCUCGAUGUAGCAAAGGUACUAGGAUCAUUAUAGGUUGGAAUCCAGCUGUCUUUGAUGUUAUGGUGCUGUCUCAGACUGAUCAGGUUGUUCAUUUACAACUAUUUUUUAAGAAAGAUAACAAGGUAGCUUUUUGUUCGGUUGUUUAUGCGGCUAAUUAUUAUGUGACCCGAAGGGAGCUAUGGCACCAUCUCUCUAUGCACAAAAGUUUUGUUGGCAAUAAUCCAUGGGUUAUUAUGGGAGAUUUCAACUCAGCGUUAAAUCUAGAGGAUAAAUCGAUGGGGGCUUCUUCGGUGACUCGUAGUAUGAUAGAGUUCCAAGAGUGUGUAGAUGACCUCGAAAUGCUGGAUAUUAAUCGAACCGGUCUUCACUUCACUUGGAGUCAGAAGCCGAAAAAGGGAAUUGGGCUGCUUAAGAAGAUUGAUAGAGUUCUUGGUAAUACCUCUUUCGUUACCAAUUUUCCGAAUGCUGUUGCUUUUUUCCAACCAUAUCGUCUUUCGGAUCAUUGCCCGUGUGUCUUAAAGCUUCCAGAUGCUGACAUCUUGAAACAUCGGUCAUUUAAAUUCGCUAACUUUCUUGUUUUUAAACCUGAAUUUGGCGAUAUAGUGAAGAGGGUGUGGGAUACUAGAAUAAAUGGAGUGCACCAGUUCCGUGUUGUUAAACGUCUUCGGCUUCUUAAGAAGCCUCUCCGUGCACUGUUAUUUAAGCAAGGUAACUUGCAUAAAAAAGUUGAGGCUCUCCGCGAGAAGCUUGAUGUCAUUCAGAAUUCUAUUGACAAGCAUCCGGAUUCUGAGAGUCUUCGGGUUGAGGAAACUACUUUAAGUGCUGAAUACAAAGAAGCUUUAUUGGAUGAGGAGCGUUUUCUGAAACAGAAAUCCAAGGUAGAAUGGUUACGAGCUGGGGAUAUGAACACGGCUUUUUUCCACUCAUCACUUAAAAGCAAAAAUCAUCAGAGCCGUAUAGAUGUGAUCCGUGAUACUGGGGGUGUUAUCCAUGAGGGUAAUCAGGUGUAUCAGGCUGUCGUUGAUCAUUAUGAAAAAUUUUUGGGUUGUAGGGGCGAUACUUCUCUGAAUCCGGCUCCGGAUUUAUUUACUAAUGUAUUGGAUCCGAAUAUUGCUAGUUAUAUGUGUAGACAGGUUACUGAAGAUGAGGUUAAGAAAGCCAUGUUCUCUAUUGGUAUUGACAAGGCUCCUGGUCCUGACGGCUUUACGGCAGCGUUUUUCAAGAGUGCGUGGCACAUUGUUGGUAAUGAUGUCUCAAGGGCUAUUAUCGAUUUUUUUGACACGGGAAAUCUUCUCCGAGAGUUAAACCAUACUCUUAUCGUGCUAGUGCCUAAGGUUCCGUCCCCAUCGGUUGUCACUGAUUUCAGACCGAUAGCAUGCUGUAAUGUCAUUUAUAAAUGCAUUACCAAGAUUCUGGCGGAGAGAGUGAAGGGGGCCUUGAAUAAUAUUGUCAGCAUCAACCAGUCUGCGUUUGUUCCAGGUAGGAAGAUUUCUGACAAUAUUCUGUUAACCCAAGAAUUGAUGCACAAUUAUCAUAGAAAUUCUGGUCCGCCAAGAUGUGCGUUUAAAGUUGAUAUCCAAAAGGCUUAUGAUACAGUUGAUUGGAAGUUCCUUAAAAAUAUCCUGCUUGGCUUUGGUUUCAAUAACAAGAUGGUCAAUUGGAUCAUGGUGUGUGUCUCUACUGUUUCGUACUCUGUUUGCGUAAACGGUAAUGUUCAUGGGUAUUUUAAAGGUAGCCGGGGGCUUCGUCAGGGUGAUCCUCUCUCCCCGUAUCUUUUUACUUUGGUGAUGGAGGUUCUCACGGGCAUUCUGCAUCAUAUGAUCAGGAUUGACUCUUCAUUUAAAUUUCAUAAUAAAUGUGAGAAGCAGCAAAUAAUCAACCUAUGUUUUGCUGAUGAUUUGUUCUUGUUUGCGAGAGGGGAAAUUGCUUCGGCCAGGUGUAUUAUGAAGUCUCUUACUGACUUUUCUAAAAUGUCGGGGUUGGUGCCCAGUAUCCAGAAAAGCACGGUAUUCUUUUGUAAUGUCCCAAGUUAUAUAAAAAAUGCUAUUCUGAACAUUAUGCCGUUUAAGGAGGGAUCCUUGCCUGUGCGUUAUCUUGGUGUUCCCUUGAUCUCUUCAGGGCUCGUUUAUAAAGACUGUAGUGUUUUGAUGGAAAGCCUUGACAAACGAAUCAAGCAUUGGCGUAACAAACUGCUCUCGUUUGCUGGGAGAUUGCAGCUCAUUGUUUCCGUCUUGUCUUCUAUGCAUAUUUUCUGGUCAUCUGUCUUUCUUUUGCCGAAUAGAGUCAUUCAUGAAUUGGAAGCAAAGAUGAGGAAUUUUUUGUGGUCUCAAGAUGUUGCGUUCCAUAGAGGUAAAGCGAAGGUGUCUUGGAAAGUCGUUUGUCUUCCCAAGUAUGAAGGUGGUUUGGGUAUUCGGCGUCUAGGUGAUGUAAACAAAGCUCUAAUGACUAAGCAUAUUUGGAGUAUCAUUACAAACCGAAAUUCGUUGUGGGUGGAGUGGGUGCACAGCUACAGGUUAAGAGGUAAAAACUUCUGGAUUUCAAAGGUUGUUUCGAAUAGCUGCUAUUCUUGGAGAAAACUUCUCCAACUUAGGCCGCAAAUGAGACAAUUUUUUUGGUCGGAUAUCGGAGAUGGUACGAGGACCUCGGCUUGGUAUGAUACUUGGUGCGAGCUAGGGCCGCUUGGGAACUUCAUCGUGCCUAGAACUAUUGCUAAUGCAGGGUUUCGGCUUGAGGAUUCUGUUUCUCAAAUCCAGUUAAACGGUGAGUGGAAAUGGCCGGUCGCUUGGAGGGAUUUAUUCCCUGUCUUAAAUCAGCUAGAUCAAGUCCAUAUUAUGCCAAACAAACUAGACAGAGUCAUAUGGCGAGAUGGUAAUGAGAAGACAGAUUUUUCGACAUCGUGUGUGUGGGACUCGAUUCGGUAUAAGGAAACGGAAGUGGUAUGGAGUACUAUAGUCUGGUUUGCUCAAUGUAUACCGCGGCAUGCGUUUCUCAUGUGGCUAAUCAUGCGAGGUAAAUUACUUACGCAAGAUAAGAUUCUAAAAUGGGAUUUGUCUCGUCGGAAAAAUAUGAACAUGAUGUGUUGUUUAUUAUGCUAUGCUAAUCACGACUCCCAUAGUCAUUUGUUCUUUGAAUGUAAUUAUUCGACAAAGGUUUGGGAUAUAGUGAAACGAAAGGUGGGAAUGGAUUCGGUUCAACCCAAAUGGGCAGAUAUUGUAGACUGGUUGAUUACUCGGUCCAAAUCUAAAUUAGCUAAGGAUUAUGUCGCUAGAGUGGUGGUUGCGGCUACGGCUUACACUAUUUGGCAGGAGCGAAAUGCUAGGAUUUUCAAAAAUCAGCUAAGACCUCCAGAGACUGUGGGUGCUCAUAUUAUACAAUUGGUUCGAUACAAAUUAAUGGGUGCGAGGUUGAAGAAUACUGGUAAUGUCCGCAGGCUUCUAAGCGAAUGGGAUGUUCAUGGCAAAGAGCUAUUGGACGAUGGUGGCUGA